UUCAUACUCGCUCAGGGCCCUCAUUGUCUACAUUCAUGAAAGCAUAUCACGAUGCCCGACCUACCACGCAAACUACCUAAAAAUGCGCAAGAAUGGGAGGAUGCCAUAGAUGAAAUGGAACUCACAGGCAAGACUGUACACGGUGCAGAGCUAGCCUCAGCCUCGAGGAUUGAAUACAAGCAGUUUCUUCUGCUUCGUGUGCUGUGGGUAGGGCACCACGCAACAGAUCUGCCAAAAAUGCUGCCUGGCUUCAAUAGAUGGAUUGCUAAGGCGGAGAAGAUGCUAAAAGUAUUGAACAUUGAGGAACUUCGUAUCCACGAUCCGCUUGAUGAUUCGGAAACGCUGAGAUCCCAGAGACUCCGAGCCCCUUCCAGGACACCCGAGUCCCAAAAACCGGACAAUGUGUUAUACCCUCCAACUAUGGAUGAGCAGAUAGUGAAUUGUGCUUUAUUUAUCUUCUUGAAUGCGCUGACCAUGCCCUUCAAGCUCGCCAACAACUGGACUUUGCACAGAAAGGCUUUCAAAGCUAAGUUUUAUAAUGCCAGUUUUGAGGCAAGAACUGACGGAUAUCUGGAUGACCGUCGCGGAGAAGCCCAGGCCAUUAUCGAAGUGAAGCCUGUCAGAUGAUCCAUGAAAUCUGUUCCUUUCCAAAUGCAAGAGAGCGCUCAAAUGGUAGCGUAGAUAAAGAAUGAUUGUGAGAAGCUGCCAAACCCAAUAGAUAUGAGGUA